CGUGUUGGUGUGUUUGUGUGUUGUUGUUGUCCCCUGUUCCCAUUCACGUGGAUAAUGUAAUUGGCAGACAGCUCUCGUUCGGGCCGGGUUAGGCCCCUUUUCAGGCCGGGCUAGAAGGAGGAAUGUAAUGAGUGAGGACGUGGCCUGGAUUGUUGUUCUCCUGGACAUUUAAAAAUGUGGACUUUGCUAUUUGGAAAUAUUUAGAUUUCUCAUAGACUCUGGAAGGGAGCUGCGACAGAAAGCUUGUUUUUGACGGAUACUCAUAUGAUGUUUGUCUGCUGAAAACCUUUAAAUAGUAGGAAUGGGUGCUAAUUUUACCCUCUGCUGCUGUCACUACUAUCUGAUGCAGAACAGAGAGGAGAAGAAGGCCAUUCUGCGCAUGAGGUCCACUUCAAGGUCCGGACCACCGGAGCACGUCUCCAGUGAUUCCAGCGACAGUGACACAGAGGAGGAGAGCCUCUUUGGACCACAGCGUUUGGAUACACAGCAGAGGGACAACCAGCAGAGCCGGGGAUUAACUGUGGAUGGGUGGGCUGAUCCUAACAGACCCGAGGGAUCUCUCAUCAGAUGUGGAUCGGACAGAGAGCUGCAGGCGUUCAUCAACAUGAGAGACAGAGCCGAUAAGGCUACAGAGGAAUGGGAGAAGCUGAAUUAUGACAUCCACACGCUGCGCUACGCCAGGCGAGAGGUCAGAUCUCGAUGGAAGAAGAUCCUGCUGCAGCUGGGUUAUCAGUGUGAGGUGGAUUCCCUGCUGUGCAUGAACAGGCAGAGCCAUUUCAGUCCAAAUCAAGAACAUCUUGACAAAGCUGCUGACCUUUUGAAACAGCUGCUGGACCACAGUUCUCUAUUCCCUCGUGGAACAGGACAUCAUAACAUAUACCUUCAUGUCAUGGACCGUCUGGUGUCACUGGACAGUGCCGAUGACUUUAUUAAACUGGCCAAAGAGAAAUAUCCCAAGAAGGAAGGCUGAGGGAUAAGACAAGCAGAAUAAAGGAGAAAGUUCAAAUACCAUCUUAAAAUUAUUAUAUGCACUGUUAAACAAGAUACAGUGCUGUCCAAAAACAUUGAAACGCAAAACAUUUAUUAUAUUUUGCUUCUGAAGAGUCAGAUAAUUUUGAAUUUCAGACUUUGGCUGAUUUAUGUUUUUUUAUUCCAGUCAGAAGUAAGACUCAAAAAUCCGCUUAAUGCCUCAGAAAAAAAUUGUAAAAAUGCAGCUAAAAUCCACACAGAAGCAUUUACACAUAUUGAACCUCUUUACACUACAACCUGCAGCAAAAGUAAAGUAGAGUAAAAUAAAAGCUCCUGGAUUUUACUUAGAGGUAGGAGAAUAAAGGAGCCUCAACACAGAUGCAUGCUACACUUUGCAAUUAUAAGCUACUCUGUGUUGGGCUAUUGCAUAAAAUCUCAAUACAAUACACUGAAUAUUUUGGUUGUAACAUAGCAGAAUGUUCAUGGGCGUGAAUACUUUUUCAAUGCAUAGUGUUUCUCAAUAGAAUUUUAACAGAUUACAUAAAAGGUUCUUGUUAGAAAAGUACAGAGAAUUGUGGAGUGAUUGCUUCUGAAAAAUGCUAUUUGUAUGAUUACUUUUCCAUCUUAAAGUUAUUUGUAAAAAAUCCAAAUUACUAACAGUGCUGUUAGCUUCUUUGAAAAAAUCUGUAUAGUUUUAUUUCUUCAUAAGACAAAUUAGUAUUUACAGCUGUUUGAUUUUUUUGUCUUUUUAUUUCUUCUAAGACUUAAUCCUACCUGAACAAAAGUAGGCAUUCGUAAAACUUAUUUCAUAUGAAUAUAACGUUGUUUAAAAGGUGAAAAUAAUAAGCAUUAACAUUUUGUUUCAUUAUUUGUAGUAAUUUAUUUCAGCUAUCCAGACAAUGACAUUUAUUUAGACGUUAGGGUGUUCAGCGAAUUGUAACUGCUUUUUGUCAGUAGGGGGCAGCAUAUGUUUACAUUUCUGUGGGCUUUACUACCAGACUUACUGUUUCUUUUGUCCAGAAGUUAAACAAAAAAGGAAAUAAAG